AUGAGAAGCCGAUGGCCGAUCGUGACCAUCGGACCGACAUUCCUACUAGACAGCCAAGACAAGAAGCAAAGCAUCAGCAUGUUCGAGCCGAAGGGCGAUGCCUACCAAGAAUGGCUCGAGUCGAGAGACCCCAAGUCCGUGGUCUACGUCUCAUUCGGAAGCAUCGCCUCUCUUAAAAAAGAGCAAAUGGCGGAACUCGGCCACGCCCUUCUAGCCACGGGCCACCACUUCCUAUGGGUGGUCCGAUCCACCGAACUCGACAAGCUCCCUCCCGACUUUGCCAAUACCACGGCCGGGAAGGGUCUAAUCGUCGAGUGGUGCCACCAGCCCGAGGUGCUGGCGCACAAAGCCGUGGUGUGCUUCGUGACGUGGGUGGAAUUCGACCUCUCGAAGGGUUGA